AUGGCCCCUCGCAAUUGGCGUCGUCCUCUGACCCACAUCUACAAUGACAAUCACAAGUAUGGCGCAUCGCUAUACUCUGGAGCUAUAGACGACAUCGAGAAAAGGUAUCGUUCGUCGAUUCGCAGCACACAUUUCCGUUCGGAUCGACCCGAUCUCAUGUCACAAACUAUCUACCACACGUCCUCGAUUGGGUCCGCUGGCCCCGCCUCUGCAGAUAUUUUUAUUGAUGAAGAUGCGGCGUCACUGAAAUCAUCGAAGAGAGACGACACCGAGGAUUAUAACAUCAAGAAGUGUCAGGAGCUUCGUCUAGAAUUGGAGAGCCUCACGGGCAGAUUUCAGGAGAACGAAGCCAAAGUCAAGGCCGAAACUACCUCGCUACGAAGGCAAAUGAAUUCCGAAAUGCGUGAACUCUGCGUCCUCAUCGAUCAGGCACAGCGGGAGAAUGACGAAUGCCACAAAAUAUUGAAAAGGCAUUCUGGAAGGAUGCUGGAUUUGCAGCAGUAUUGCGAAGAGCUGGAGAAAAGAUUACAAGAAACGCACGAGCAGCUCGUAAGUUCACAGAAACGAUGUCAAUUGUUGGAAAGAGACGUCGAACACAUGAAGGAACGAUCCACUGAGGAGUGA